AUGGCCUCCGCCUCCACACCAACUGUUCACGUCGCAUUGCCACCUCCUUGUCCAGCACUCAGACGACCUCUAGUCCCAUCGUCGUCAUCACCCUCCAUCCCUUCGUCGUCAAGACUGCCCCAGAUCUCGAGCUCGUUCGCGUCCGCAUCCUCUAUCAGCUCCAAGUCCCAGCCAUCGCUGAGCAGGACCGCAAGUCGCAACAGCCAUCAUGGCCGGCCCAUUGACUUUGCCAACCCUUUCGGCGAGGACGACCAAAGCGACGUCUUCGUGUCAAGCAAGCGCUCUGCUCCGUCUGGCCAGGAGUUCUACUCGUGUCGAUGGCGUCUUCGCGACAAGAAAGGCGUUCUCGACCCCAACGGCCAUCAAUAUUGCAACGCGCAGCUCAUGACGCCCGAUCUCUUAGCACGUCAUGCUCUCACCCAGCACGUCGAGACGUGUCAAGAGUCUGCUGUGCAAGUUCCUCAACGAAAGAUCGCCUGCAAAUGGGACGGCUGCUUCAAUCGACAUUACUACCCGGCGGACCUCGCAGGCCACCUCGUGCACGAUCACCUUGCGAAACAGCUAGGACUCAAGUACUCCUGCAUCGCUCUGCAGUGCCAAAUCAAGACCGUGCUCACUUCCUUUGAGGCACUUGAUCGUCAUCAUGCGAUCUAUCACACCGGAUCAAUGAUGCCUGGCCAGCUCCGCCCGAUCUGGACACCAAAGUCCCAGUCGAAGCCAAAGCUCGUACGGAAGCAAGCCGAGCUGCUAGCCGCACUACGCAAGCUCGAUCUUACCCCACCGUUGCCUCAAAUUACAGUAGCAGACACCGCCCAUCCCAAAGUCCCUCCAUUGGACGAGGAGGCCCGCAAGAAUCGCGACAUCGCCUUCAAGGAAAGGUACUUUGAUCCGCUAACUCUGCGUUCCGGCGAAGGUCAAGAAGGUCAACCGUGGACACGUUUGCACAGAAGGCUCGAGAAGGCCAAGGAGACAGACGACACCGAGCAAGCGGUGUACGAGGCCAUCUUUCGAGCCACGACCUAUGGUCAGUCCGACCUCGAUCGACUUUGUCCGGUCGAGGUUGAGAUCGUAGGCGAGCCCACGCUCAGAGCCAUCGAGGAAGGCAUCGAGCGAGCUCAACUAUACCGCGUUGGCCCCGCAACUUCCCGGACCCGAUCGAUGCUGCCCUUACCUCCUAAACGCAAUUGCGAGGUCGUGCUUCCAGAGAGCGCACCGUCCGAUCUGAUGGAGACAAUCUGCCCUGAAUCGCUUGCAUCGAUACGAGCCGAGAUGGACUUCGACGACUCGCUGGACAAACAGCGACGCUGGGCGGAUAAAGUGCUACGCAGGGUUGCACCAACCUCCAACACCCCUGCCAUCUCGACCGAAGAUCCUGAACUGGACUCUGACCCGGGUGACGAAGCUGCAUCCACGGACCGGGCGGAACCUUUGCUGUUCGUUCCGUAUCAUCCGGCGUCACGGUGUCGAUUUCCACUCGCCGAGGAUGAUGGUGAAGCCGAGACGCCUCGGGCCGUUCGACUUUCACCAGAAGCGCAUCCUCAGCAUGGUUGGUCAGGUGACCACACGUCCGCCGUCCCAAGUUCAGCCAGCUCGCCCCGCACGAUCCCGCACAGCUCGCCUUUGGCACCAGUGUCGCGUUCCGGGCCUCUCGAAUCAGCCGCCCAGCCAACGAGAACAGCGAAAAGGGAAAGAGAAGACGACACAUCGAGUCUGCUCAACGGUCAUCGACCAGCCGUCAGAAUCAAGCUCGAAGACAUUAUUGACCUGACCAUCUCGAGUGACGACGAACCAGAUGUUCCUCCUGCUGAAGGGCCAGCCCGAACGCCGACACGACCAACGCCGCCGGUGCCAUUCAACUCGGCCUUUGUCGAGCUCGAGCCAAACACCUACAUGGAAAGCAGUCCGCGCCUACGCCGCACUGCACCAGCCAUUAAAGCCGAGCCUCGCCGCGGGUCUGCUCCGACAGAGCUUAGCGGAAAAGCGGCUCGACAACGAUCGAGGUCGGGUCGAUACCUUCCGCACACUGGUCAUCUUCCAACGUAG